UUAGGAACCAGCAGACUUUUUAAAUAAGUCAGUUAAAUUUUGAAUUCUCAAUUUCAAAUCUACAUUGUAACCCACGAUCCGUAAGGAUAAUAUCAUUAACAAAGCCUGACAUAGGUACUGUGCUCGAAACCUUUAUCAUUGCAAACCUUUUGCAACAUUCACUAGCUCCGGGAACGCUUUUCCAAAUACGGUCACACAGAUGGAAACAAGACCACGUCAAUAGAAAAGUAGCUGCAUAAUCAUCGGCCACUACAGAGUUGAGGCCUGAGGAACUACAAACCAAACCAGUCUUGGUAGGUACAUUACCGAUAAACUGAGCCUUACAAAUGCUUGUUUUACUUCCAGUCACGCGCAAGACACCGAUGAAACGGCCGUGGAACCGACAAAGUGCGCGCGCGCAACCGACUUUCGAAAUCACAUUUUCUAACGUUGAAGUGUCAUGACUGUGAAAUAUCGAUACCUUUCGUAAAUAUCAAUUUGUGUCGACGUUUAGUGAGAUGUGAUUUUCAAGUGUGCUUUAAAAUUUUGUGGAUUGCGUUUAUAACUUCACGUGACACAAUGAGGCACGCGAUGCGAUGAGCCAGGUGCUGGUGGCGCUGGCGCUGCUGACGGUGGGCGCUCACGCUCAGCUGAGGCCGGCCGACGCGCCCCCCCACAUCAACGACACACGAUGCGGCCCCGAGUGCGUUCGCUGCGCCGCAGACGGGUGCGUCAAGUGCGCUCGUCUGCUCAUCUGGCCAGGCGGGCUUUGUGCGCACGACUGCCCGGCAGGCACCCGCGAGUCCUGGGCACAUGAUGACCACCUCAUGGGACGAGUUUGCUACCCAGCUCACACUUAUAAUGAAGUGUUAGUCGGCGGAGCUUGUGGCGUUAUAAUAUGCAUAGCAUUGGUGGCUGCCAUAGCCGCAUAUGCCCGGUGCCGUAGCAGUGCGCGGGCGCAGUCCCAGCCCCUCCCGCAACCGCACGAAGAUGACGACGCGCAGCUCCGCGAGUUCCACAAACAGCUGGACUGUUUGAGGCCUCAUGCGUACACUUUGCUGGCAAUACUGAACCACACGAGACAUCAAGUGCGUGAGCUAUACCAACUUGGAAAUAAUGAUGCUGCUAUGGCCUACAGUUGCGUGCUGAGUGAUCUGGCGAAGCUGCUUAUUCUUUUAAACAAGGCUCAAGUGCCUGUGGUUCCGGAGGAGUGGCCAAGACUAGCCAGUUGGGCCGAAAGGAUUUUAAAACGCUACAGCCGGAUGAGUGUAGGCCAACAGCAGCAAGGACAGUUAGUGAAUUUUCUUCCGUCCCCACCGAGUCAGAGAUCGGAUUCCGACACGACGCAACAAUCCUUCACCACUUUCAAACCACCGUCUUAUUCCCCGACUUCCUACGAAAGUCAUAUUUUGGACAAAGACUUAGAAAACCAGUGCGAAUGGAGUGACGCAGGCAGACCACCGAGCUAUUCCCAAAUAGAAAGAGAAAGUGAAACUAUCGUCCUCUCAGAUCCAUGGGAGAGGCGACCGAUAGUUAGGAGAGAAAGUGUGUGGUUGGAAGACGAACUCUUCGAAAUGACGAGGCGGCCACAAGACGAACUUACCACAGAAUUGUAAUUAGUAGUAGGUAGCAUGUAAACAUAGAAUGCGAUUCAAAUAAGAUUUCUUACCUAAUUCCGCCCCUUGUAUCCUAAUCUGAUACAUUAUCACCCAGUAAUUUGCUGUUCAAUGUGUUUUUAAUUGAAUUUUCGACGUGCUCUUAGAUUUUUCAUUUUGUCAAAACAUUUGUAAGCCAGUAGCUAUCACUGUAUGCGAAUUUAUUUGCGACUAAAAUCAAUGGCAUUCAGAAUCAGUUAAUGUCAAUAUUUCUGAUACUGUGAAGACAAUAUUCUCGGGCUCCAUGUUUCCAAUGUAGUGUGAGCGGCAAAGACACGAGGCGGCAUUUCCGUGUGAAAACUCGAAAAAAGCACAUUCUCAACAAAAUAUGAUGUUCAAUUCUCAAACUUCAAAUUUUGGGCGAAACUGUCCAAUUUUUGGACUAAAAUCUGGUCUAUUUUGAUAACCAAUUGCGUAAUAGGGUCAAUAAAGUUUAAUAAUUGAUAAGUAGAGUUUAUAAAGUACCUAUAUUAUAUUAUUUAUUCCAAACAGAGAAUUAUCAUUAGAAAGAAUAGUUUCUAAAAAAAUAUUGUUAGAACUGAAAACUGAUUGUAAAAUGUAGCAAGCGAAAUAUGUUAUUAAUAUAAAAAAAAAAUCCGUCGUGCAUCUGUUUUCAGGCAUUUGGCAACAAACUGGUUACCCCAGUUAUAGAAAAGGUUAUUUAAAAUAUAUAUAGUGCUACAGAUUUAUUAAUUUACUUAAUAGAUAAAAUAAUAGGCAACGAGUCAAUGCAAAGGAAACUUAUUUAGAUUGCCAACAGUUUUACUUCAUAAACCAUUCAUUUUUUCCGUCUAGGUGUAUCUAGAGUAAUAAUGCUAUUUAGUAUUUUAAAGACCUCCUUGUCGCAGCGGUGUGCGCAGUGGUUUUAAGUCGGUAGUCCCGGGCUCGAACCCGGCGGAGGAAAUUUGGUAAUUUAUAAUUUCAGAAUUUUCUCUGGUCUGAUCUGAUGGGCGGAUUCAGCCGUGGCCGUUAGCACUCUACCGACUAGGACGUGCCGCUAAGUGAUUAAGCGUUCCGGUACGAUGUCGCGUACAACCAAUUAAGGGUAUGGGUAAAAGGUUUGCACUGGCCAUACGUACAACGGACGGUUCCAGACCAGUCAAGUACGGAAAAGGCCCAGGAAAAGAAGAACAGGUUAGCACGUUACCAUAGACUGCAACAUCCUUUACCACAAGGUGAGAUUGCAGUCUAGGGCUAACUUGUAGUGGAAUUUAAAAGAAAGAAGGAGCAAUAAGUGAGCGGGAAUACAAACAGUACCUAAGUAGCGCAGGCAGAUUUUUAUUAUUACUUUUUGAAUCGUAUUAUAAGUAGGUACAUAAUAUGUAUAAAUUAUUUUAUUAGAGAAGUUUAUUUUGCAAAUCUGGCAAGUACAAAUCCCACUUAUUACCUUCUUACUCCUUAAAUUAAUAUAGUUAGUAGAUGUAACUAAAACAAAAGUAUUUCAGAAUGGUGCUUAUGUUCAAUGCACUGUAAAAACUAUAAUAAAAUAGUCAAGUAUAAUCUAUCAAUACUGUUAUUAUGAACUACAAAAUCUAUUUACCUACUAAUAUUGCUAUGAUAAGUCUGUAGGUAUGUAACUUUAACAAUCUACCUGUAAAUUAAUCAUAGGUAGUUGACUGAAUAACAGCUUUCAUCUGUAUAUAAUCUAGUAAUGCCUCGUAUUAAGUAAGAAGCAAAAUUAUCUUACAAUUAGUAGGUACCUAUUUAAGUACAUCGCCAAACUAAUUUAUCAUUAAAAACAGAUUUGAUUUUAAAUUAUGGAAAAAAGAAUAAGGAAUCCCUGAGGAUUACAGCUGAUACAAAGUAAUGACUAAAUGGCAUAAACUAUGAGUAGAUACCUAUUAAAAGAUAUUUUAAUAUAUGCUAGAUUUAAGUUCAAUAAAAUUAUAAAAAGAUAUCCAAAAAUACAACGACUUAGGCUUAGAAAAUAAUCCUAUGCAAUAUUAAGUUUAAAUGUUGAUAUGUUUGCUACUCUUCAUUAUUGUUAAUAAAAAAUGAAUGCACA